UCUAGUGUUGACAAAAGCAUGACGUUUCCAAAGAUGCUUUUUUUUUCAGGUGAUAUAGAGGUUUGCAGGGGCACCAUCAAAGAAACAGCGCUUCCUGCACCGUACCAGUUACAAUACAUAUAAACUCAGCAGCAACUUCAGCACUCUCAAAUCGGCUAUAUAUAGCAGGGUUCUCUACAGGCUGCAUCCCACAGUUAUAUCCAGGCUCUGGUAAAACUGGAGGAUUUUGUACACAUUCUGCCAGGACAGACAGAAGGACUCUUGGGUUGCAAUACAUGCUUCUGAAAUUUUACGAGGAGGCUAAAAGAUGAGGGGAGUCAUGAGGCUAUCUGUAUUUAAAGCUCUUGUUAUGUGCAUCGCCUGCGGAGCAAGUGCAUGGGUAGUGACCAAUUCCACUGACACGUUGUCAGCACCAAGGAAUGCCACUGACAUCGGCUCAGCUUUGAAACAUCAUUUGGACUCUGCGAAUAUCCACAAAACUAGACGGAGGCGAUACAUUUCCCAGGACGAUAUGAUUGCUAUUCUCGAUUACCACAAUAAAGUUCGAGGCAAAGUCUUCCCACCUGCUUCAAACAUGGAGUACAUGGUGUGGGAUGAGAAUCUUGCAAAGUCAGCUGAAGCCUGGGCAGCCACGUGCAUUUGGGAGCAUGGACCUCAAUAUCUUUUGAGAUUCUUGGGCCAGAACUUAUCUGUGAGAACCGGACGCUACCGAUCCAUUCUUCAGCUUGUGAAGCCCUGGUAUGAUGAAGUCAAUGACUAUGUUUUUCCAUACCCUCGUGACUGCAAUCCCAGGUGCCCUCUAAAGUGCUAUGGGCCGAUGUGUACACAUUAUACUCAGAUGGUUUGGGCCACUUCAAAUCGAAUUGGCUGUGCAGUCAACACUUGUCAUAAUAUGAAUGUGUGGGGAUCAGUAUGGAGAAGAGCUACAUACUUGGUAUGCAAUUAUUCACCAAAAGGGAAUUGGAUUGGAGAUGCUCCCUACAAAGUAGGAGUUCCUUGCUCAGCAUGUCCACCAAGUUAUGGAGGCACAUGCAGCAACAACAUGUGCUUUCCAGGUGUCACCUCAAACUACCUAUAUUGGUUUAAAUAAGGUAUCUCAAAUUCAGCUCUCUAUGACAAUAAAAGGCUUAUCGUGGGAUUUGCACAAAAAAGUAUUUUGUCUAUAAAUUCCCAUUUAAACUGUGUUCAUCAUACAUUAACUAUUUUUUCUAUUGAACAAGCAUAAUAGGUCUUGAACCAGCAUAAGAAAAUGGAUCAGAGAUUUUCUUAAAGCUGAUUGGUCAAUAUGAGGUCCCAAAUUUCAGUUUAUUGACCUUGAAUGUUAUCUUUCAAACUGUGUUUAAUCACUGUUCCAAAUCAAUCCGCCAGAAAAGCCAUAACGUAAAUAUAGUAUUCAUUUAUGCAAGGUACCUAUUUUCUGCUCAGUGAAAGAAAUCUCAGUUGUUGUACACACCCUCUCAAUGUUGUGUUUUAAUGUAGACUAAAGUCUGAUGCAUUCAAUCUAUCCAUUUAAAUUUACCAUAGCAAAUAAAAGGUAAAAAGAAAAUGAAAAUAGUGUUUGCUGGCAGCGAUAAUAUACAGUGACCACAACAACAAUAGCAACUAGUUCUCUGGUUUGAAUGAUAAAUUGUAGAAAUCAAGCAACUGGAUGCAGACUGAUUGCUUUCAGUAACUUUAUUCAUGCCAUAAAAACAACAUAGACACGGUGCUCUCUUCUCUAACAAGCCAGGAAGAGGCUUUGAAUAAACUUCAUGAACACACACUUCCAGAACAAACUGCAUGAUCAGCAUUAGCAUAUUUAGGCUACUAGAUAUUUUAAUUUACUAAACUUUUUUUUUUUUUCGCUAAUAGAUUUUAGGGCCUAAAGGUAACGUAAAUGCUAAAACUUACACAAAUGCACAAACCUGCACUCAAAUCCUAAUUAAAAAAAAUAAAAAGUUACACAUACUUUUAUUCUUUUACACGUUUUACAAACAGUUCACAAACCAUCUUCGCUUUUGUGUACGUGGUUCCUGAACUGAAAACGCCUCCAUAUAAGUAGAAGAUUUUUUUUUUAGUCAUGAGGUAUUAUUUAGGCUAAUGGAAAUAUCCACAACACCGUCCACCGCUAAUACUGAAACCUGAAGGCUGCCUGACCACAGACAGAAUUCUGCAAAACAUUCAUUAGCACCAAAAACUUUCAUCGAGGUUGAUUGGCUGGUUUUGGUGUAUAAAAAAAUUAAUUUGGACAAAUUGUGUUCUUGUUUAGUAUUUGCUGACCAAUAGAUGAACUGCGCUUUCAAUUCAGCAAGUUAAAAUUAAAAAGACGUUACUUGUGCGGAUUGAUGUUAAAUUUAAUUCACAGGUGAAGCUGUGAUGUUCCAGCAGGCAUCUACUAGGGUUGGGUGAUUCCAAAAAUAUGCAAGUCGAUUCUAGAAUCGAUUCCCGGUCUGUGAAUUUAUGGCAAUUAUUGAACAGAAUAUAUAAACUGUAUUUAGAAUGACUUUAUUUUGUUGUUUUUUAAGAUAUGUUACUACAGCAGUGGCUUCACAUCAUUGUAACAGAAAUGUAGCAGUCUGUUUCAUGUUCAUGAAACUGAUUUAUACUAUAAUGGCAGGUUGAAUAAGCAAGAUUUUCAGUACAAUGCAAUUUUAUUGAUUAGAAAGACAUAAAAAAAAGACAAAUCGAGCCCCUGAGUGUCCACACCAGUGAACUCACUCGGCUGUGUACCGGAACAAUAGCGCUAACCAGUGCCAACCAGUAUUUAACCUAAUUCACAAAAACACAAAGUUUUGAAUAUGUCCUAAUACCCCCUAGUAUUUACUAACAAAAAGAACAUAGGAUAAAAUAAAAUGUAAAAUAACAA